AUGGCGCAGAGACGCUCCAGCACGAACAAUCACAUACUUUUGCCAGCUUCGGGCUCCAGCUUAGCCGCGUUUGAACCGAUUCCGCACGUUCCUGCGUAUUCCUUGGUAGCUUGGACUUUGGGGCGUGGAUCUGUGGUUUGGAGAAUUUGGCCAGCGGUCCUGCUUCAUACCCUCUUUGCUUCAGCAAUCACCAUGAUUUCUAUGCGAGGAAUUAUGCAUUUGGAGAUUCCGAAUGUCAUGCUGACAGUUCUCGGCGUCGUAAUCGGUUUCGUCAUCUCAUACAGGGCCAUGAGCGGGUACGAACGUUAUUGGCUGGGUCGGACCUAUUGGUCAGACGUCAUUCGAAAUGCGCGAACCCUUGGUCGUCUCAUCUGGUUUCACGUACCUCCGCGUCUCACUCCAAAAACUCCCGAAGAGACCCAAUCCGGAGAGUGUAAGCGCUCGAUACAGGAGAUGAACAAAGUCAUGGCCGAGAAACGUAUGGCGCUGGACCUUAUUGACGGAUAUGCGGUUUCUCUCAAACAUCACAUUCGAGGUGAGCUUGGAAUCUACUACGAAGACCUCUACCAUCUUAUUCGGCCUCUCCACGAGCAUGACCACACUGAUAAUCAAAACAUCCAACACGCUAUGACCUCGGCCCUGCCCGUACCUCGAAAAGCACAACGUAUCACGACGAAAACCCACAUGCAUUCUCAACCACCACCCCGUCGCGCCCGUUCCGUUUCUCCAGAUCUUUCACUGGAACCCUCCGACCCAGCGAUCCUUACAAUCAACGCUUAUGGUACCUUCGACCCUAACAAGCUCACAUCUAGCUCUCCGCCUCAACCUUCCCAUCUGCCGCCUCUAAGGCGCAGCGCGUCUCAUUCUUCUCAUCUCUCUAGUCAAAGCCAGCAUCAACCUUUGCUACCUUCGACGCAACCACCCGCAGAUACGGUCAUGGACAAAAUAUCGUCUGACCUCAUUCCUUUACCUGGGUUAGCAGCCCUGUUUCAGUGGUUCCACCCCCAGCACACUCUGGAAUUGCUGCCCUCACCCGAUGCCGAGGUCGACCCAGGUGCGACUUCACAGCCCCAGCGCCGAUGGCAGGGACCCGUUCAAUCAAGCUUGUAUAACAAGCACCGGCCCAGAGUUGCAGGUAGCGGAGAGAAUUUGCCGUUGGAGAUCUUGCGAUGCCUCAGCGAGUGGCUCAGCGUCUUGGAAGAUAGGGGCACGGUUCCUGGCUCAAGCAUGGGGCCUAUGAUUAACGCUGUUGCUGCGAUGGAAGAUAGUCUUAGUGGGCUUGAACGCAUCCUGACUACUCCUCUGCCAUUUUCAUAUCAGGUGACUUCAGGGAUCACUUCACCAACUUCAGCGAUACUGAUUCAAAUCUCUUUUGUCGAACAGGCACUAGUCAGCCUGUUCGGAUAUUACACCAUCCCAGGCGUCGCUAUCGCCGCCUUCAUCUACCUUGGAUUUCUCGCUGCAGGCGAGGAAAUUGAGCAACCUUUCGGUUAUGACGAUAACGACCUUGAUCUCGACUUAUUCUGCCACGCAAUCGUCCAUGCAGAUAUCAAGCAACUGAAGACCUCGCCUUGCCUCAACGCUUACCUUGGCCCUCCAAGCGACACUCGCCUGCAGCCGACGUGCUCGUUAUCCUUAAGACAUGUGACUGAGGCUGAGCAGGACAAGAAGCCGAUUGUUGCAGUAGCGGCAUCUUGA